ACUUGCUAGAAAAAAAGUUCUUAUGGCUGAAACUACUAGUGACCUUAAUACAGAUACAGAGGCGGGUAAUAAAAGACGUAGAAAGAAGAAAAUUAUAUCCUCUUCUUCUGAAUCUGAUGAAAAUGAUGAACCUACGGAACAUGCAUCAAAUAGGAAGCAAUUUAAAGUUACUAAAAUGCCUACCCCACCAAUUUGGACCAACGACAUGGCUGAAAUGGUAGACGAGUUAACUGUUUCGAACACACCAAGUCAAACAGGCAAUAGUUCUACCCCCUGCUUUACCCCUGGUCAAGUUCAUCAUGAUCGUAACAUGGGUCCAGGUUCGAAAAGCAAUUACACCACACCAAAAAGGGCCUUGAAGGAAAUACAUGAGAAUUUGAAUAAUGUUGAUUUUAUUUUUUUCCAAACUUGGUGGUAACAAUAUAUACGAAUUCAUUAGGCGUUGCAUCGGGCCCCUUGUAACUGAUGGCCUGGCCGAACAAUUUUCCUUUACAGGAAACUGGAAGGAAAGGAAAACUGGUUUUUGAAAAAUUAAAUCUAGCUAAAUCUGUACUAGAAGCUGGGCAAAAGGCACAUGGGAUCAAUGGGAUCACCAGAAAGGAGAUUGAAAAAAAAAAAUUGGCGAUUGGCUACGAAGAGCCAAAGAAAGCAGAUUAAGAACAGAGAAAUUGAAUGUAUAAACAUCUUAUGUAACAUUUUUUACUAGGUAUCGGGAAAUAAAACAUUGUUAAACAAAUCAUAGCAUUGUGUAUCAGUUGCUAUACAGGGUGUAUCAACGAUGUGUGGGGGUGAGCGAUAGGUGCUUCCCUAUUUGAGAUAGGAAAAAAGCCUUAAAUAAAAGUUGUGGAGAUCAGUGAAAUCUAUGUUACAAAAAUAUUUACCCUUAUACAGGGUGUUGGAUAAAUGUGUGACAAAGAUAUGUUUUUUUUAAAUGGAACACCCUAUAUAUUUUUACUUUAAAAUCUUUUUAAUGAGUUGAUUUCAAUGGUACUUCACACUUACUAUCUAUUAUUGUGAUUAGUUGAGGAUCUACAGCUACUGGAAAUUGUCAAUUUUUCAAAUUCAGGUGGCUGUAGUAGCUAAACCAGUAAAAAUUUUUAAAAAUUUCAUGUUCCUUUCCUAACUUUUCAAGUUCUAUUGAGUGACAUGAAAAAUUAUUUAAUACAGUCAUUUAAUACAACAUGAAAGCCAUUUUUCGAAAUUUUGGACUGUUUAGCUACUACAGCCACCUGAAUUUGAAAAAUUGACCAUUUCCAGUGGCUGUAGGUCCUCAACUAAUCACAAUAGAUAGAAGUGUGAAGUACCAUUGAAAUCAGCUCAUUGAAAAGAUUUUAAAAAUAUAAAGAUAUAUAGGGUGUUCUAUUUAAAAAAACAUAUCUUUGAUAAGUCACACCUUUAUCCAACACCCUGUAUGAGGGUAAAUAUUUUUGUAACAUAGAUUUCAGUGAUCUCUACAAACUUUUAUUUAAGACAUUUUUUCCUAUCUCAAAUAGGGAAGCACUUAUCGCCCACCCACAUAUCGUUGAUACACCCUGUAUGUACUUGUUUACCAAUGCUUUAUACAGGGUCUUCAUUUCAAAACUAGACAGUUCAAAUAUAUUUUGAUUGUAGUAAAAUGUAAAAAAAUUAAAAAAACACGUCAAAUUUUAUAUCAAGGGGGACACUUUUUUUUUCGUAAUUGCAGCAUCGAUACUUCAACCCUCGAGCAGUAGAGUGAACUCCUGAAAUUUAUAUAGGGAAAGUACCAAGUGUGCCAUAUUUUUGAAAAGGUAAUUAUAUGGGGAAUUCAGCAAUACCAAUAUUGUUGUGUCAAAU